GGGCAGCGCCGGCUGAGCUUCGGCAUCUCAACCGAACUUGGAUGAGCGCAACCGAACCCUGCGCCCUCUGCGUCCCGCCUACUUUGGAGGAGAGGACCGUGGAUUGGUCGGCAGAGGGGAGCAGCCCGCCUUCGGGGCCAUCUGAUUGGCUCGCGGUGUGAGGUGCGCUCCGUGUCACUCCCGGUGGGGGUCCCAAACACUGUCAGUGAGGAGCCGGGCUGAGGGGCGAGGCGGCAGGUAACUGCAGAGAAGCAAUGGCGACAGAAUCCCCGCGCCGCCCGAGUCGCUGCACUGGAGGAGCGGUGGUCCGCCCGCAGGCUGUCACGGAACAGUCAUAUAUGGAAAGUGUUGUUACUUUUCUUCAAGACGUUGUGCCACAGGCCUACAGUGGCACUCCUCCAGCAGAAGAAAAGGAGAAGAUCAUUUGGGUCAGAUUUGAGAACGCGGAUUUGAACGAUACAUCAAGGAAUAUGGAGUUCCAUGAAAUACACAGCACUGGGAAUGAGCCACCAUUACUGCUAAUGAUCGGAUACAGUGAUGGAAUGCAAGUCUGGAGCAUACCUAUCAGUGGUGAAGCUCAGGAACUCUUUUCUGUCCGCCAUGGUCCAGUUCGAGCUGCACGGAUCUUACCAGCCCCACAGAUCAAUGCUCAGAAAUGUGACAAUUUUUCGGAGAAGCGGCCUCUCCUUGGUGUGUGCAAAAGCAUUGGAUCUUCAGGCACGAGCCCACCUUACUGCUGUGUGGACCUUUAUUCUUUACGAACAGGAGAGAUGGUCAAGUCUAUACAGUUCAAAACUCCUAUUUAUGAUCUGCAUUGCAAUAAAAGGAUACUCGUCGUAGUCCUGCAAGAGAAAAUCGCUGCCUUUGACAGUUGCACUUUCACUAAAAAAUUCUUUGUGACAAGCUGCUAUCCCUGUCCAGGGCCAAACAUGAAUCCUAUUGCCCUUGGAAGCCGUUGGCUUGCUUACGCAGAAAAUAAGCUGAUCCGAUGCCAUCAGUCCCGUGGUGGAGCCUGUGGAGACAACAUUCAGUCUUACACUGCCACAGUCAUUAGUGCUGCCAAAACGAUAAAGACUGGGCUCACCAUGGUGGGGAAAGUCGUCACGCAGCUGACGGGGACGCUGCCUUCGGGAGCAACCGAAGAGGAAAUUUUAGCUCAUAGCAAUGUUCGCCGGAGCCCUCUGGUGCCUGGGGUCAUCACCAUCAUUGAUACGGAGACUGUGGCAGAAGGACAGGUACUUGUCAGUGAGGACUCUGACAGUGAUGGUAUUGUGGCCCACUUCCCCGCACACGAAAAGCCGAUUUGCUGCAUGGCUUUUAACCCCAGUGGGAUGUUGCUGGUCACUACUGACACGUUAGGCCACGAUUUCCAUGUUUUUCAAAUACUGACACAUCCUUGGUCAUCAUCACAAAGUGCCGUCCAUCAUUUGUAUACACUUCACAGGGGAGAGACUGAAGCCAAAGUACAGGAUAUCUCCUUCAGCCACGACUGUCGCUGGGUGGUGGUCAGCACGCUUCGGGGCACUUCCCACGUUUUUCCCAUCAAUCCUUAUGGGGGACAGCCCUGUGUCAGGACACACAUGUCACCGCGGGUGGUGAACCGCAUGAGCCGCUUCCAGAAGAGCGCAGGGCUGGAAGAGAUCGAGCAGGAGCUGACAUCUAAACAGGGAGGCCGCUGCAGCCCCGUUCCAGGCCUGUCAAGCAGUCCUUCUGGCUCACCGCUCCACGGUAAAUUGAACAGCCAGGACACGUACAAUAACUUCACAAACAACAACCCUGGGAACCCUCGCCUGCUGCCGCUCCCCAGUCUGACCGUGGUGUUGCCUCUGGCUCAAAUCAAGCAGCCAAUGACGUUAGGGACCAUCACCAAACGCACAGGACCUUACCUGUUUGGAGCAGGAUGUUUUUCCAUAAAAGCUCCAUGCAAAACCAAACCGGCUCCACAAAUUUCACCCAGUAAGUCUGUGGGAGGAGAGUUUUGUGUCGCUGCAGUCUUUGGAUCAUCGAGGUCGUGGUUUGCAAACAAUGCUGGGCUGAAAAGAGAAAAAGAUCAAUCAAAGCAGUUUGUAGUGGAGUCACUGUACAUCAUCAGCUGCUACGGGAGCCUCGUGGAGCAUGUGUUGGAACCACGUCCGCUCAGCACUGCUCCCAAGAUCAGUGAUGACACCCCUCUGGAAAUGAUGACGUGCCCGAGAGCCAGCUGGACUUUGGUUAGAACUCCUCAGUGGAAUGAGCUCCAACCACCAUUUAAUGCAAACCAUCCACUGCUGCUGGCUGCCGAUGCAGUACAGUACUACCAGUAUCUUCUUGCUGGCUUGGUUCCACCAGGGAGCCCUGGGCCUAUCACUCGACACGAGUCCUAUGACAGCUUGGCAUCCGACCACAGCGGGCAGGAGGAUGAAGAGUGGCUGUCACAGGUCGAGAUAGUGACCCACACCGGGCCCCACCGGCGCCUCUGGAUGGGCCCUCAGUUCCAGUUUAAAACCAUCCACCCCUCAGGCCAGACCACCGUCAUCUCAUCCAGCUCCUCAGUGCUGCAGUCACACGGUCCCAGCGACACCCCGCAGCCGCUUCUGGACUUCGAUACAGAUGAUCUUGAUCUCAACAGUCUCAGGAUUCAGCCGGUUCGUUCAGAACCUGUUAGCAUGCCCGGCUCAUCGCGUGCUGUUUCUGAUCGCAGAGGAGUUUCAACAGUGAUUGAUGCAACUUCAGGUGCCUUUGACCGGAGCGUGACCCUGCUGGAGGUGUGCGGGAGCUGGCCCGAGAACUUCGGUCUCCGUCACAUGUCUUCCAUGGAGCACACUGACGAGGGCCUCCGGGAGCGCCUGGCCGAUGCGAUGUGCGAAUCCCCCAGCAGGGACAUAGUGGGAUCAGGAACAGGUACAAAGAAGAGGUGUGAUCAGAGAUCACGUACAUCUCACCCAAUGCAAUCUCUCCAUGUGUGGAGUAAACCCAGCAUUUCUGUAAGCUCAGCUCUGUGUGUGUUGGAUGUUUGGCAUCCUAGCAUUGAAAUAAGGCACUUGAAAUGAAAUGUGCAGUCUCCGAGGGGUUCUGAUGUGCAGAAGUCUCAGUCUACGUCCCCCUGGUGAUCCCCUGCCUUCCAUAUUCCUGCUCUACCUGCAGCAUCCUGCACCUGCUUUCCAAGAUGCCAGCUUCCAUCUCCAAGUGCAUCACGUUAACAAACUCUACGUGGACUCAGCACUGGAGUUACCAUAAGGUAGUCUGACAGCAGCUAAUAUUUUACAUAGGCCAUGGAGCUUCAGAGGAGCUGUACAGGCAGUGGUUGCAAGUCUUCUUGACUUUGCAAAUUUAAUGUGGGUGCUCCCAUGGUGUCUCAACAUUUUGAAAGAUGCAGCAGGAUGAAAUGCUUUUAAUACGGGGGUUGGUUUUCAGUGUUCAAGUGCCACAGUGCUGCAUUUGUUUGGAAAAACGAGUUCUUGGGGCAGGUCUGGGGAGGCCACAUGGAGCACUGCAGGGAAUGGUCCCUGAGCUGAGCAGGUUGAGAGAGCUUGGAGACAUGGCAGUGAUCAUCCUCCUUUUUAAGCGUGAAAAGAGAUCUGUUGAGUGCUGAGUGCUUGCACUUCAAUGUAUUGAAGCUCAUUGUGUGCCAGCGUACCCAGCCCUGCUGGUCCUGCUGCAGGGUGCGGGUUGAGCAGGGCUUUAUGCUGAGCUCCCUUCUCUGCGUGAUAGUGCAUCACAAGAGCAAAAUGAAAAUGUUUAAGUAACCCCUUCUUUAGGGAGUGUUGUGUAAAUUGCAAACAGUUUAAGAGAUCCUCAGGACUUGCACUGUGUUAAUACAAACUGCCUUUUAGUGUUCACUCUGUAUAGGAUCCUUUUGAAUGAGAAUCCAGAUGGCAGAAGAUACAUAAUUAUUAUUCAUUGCACUUAAUAAGUAACAUUCGGGAGCCCCAGUCUGCUCUGCAAGUCCCCUGUGAUGGGCAUUGAGCAAAUAUACAAGUAACAAUUAGUCCUUGCUGCAGAGUAUUUCACAAUUUCAGCUCCAGAGAAGGAGGUGAGAGGAACCUGAGCGUUCAUCAGGGAGCGAGGAGCAGGCCAUGGCUUGGGGCACGUCUGCAGGGAGUGCUCUGCUCAGGAAGGAAGGGAGAAAGUUAUCUGAGAUUGUAAAGCAGGGCUCUCACUUCGGCCUUGUAGCUGCUGCUGCAAAACGUGACUGGGGAGAGGCACAGCAUGCCUGCUGCUUCCCCAAACAGCCCAUGGGAAAUGCCCUCUUUGCCUUGCACCCUGUGCCCAGCCCACAUCCCGCAUCCACCCCAUGUCCUGGCUCAGGGGCCGGGAAGCUGCUGCCCAGCAGCCCCAGCUCAUAGGGGAGCCCAAAAACUUCCCUGAAUUAAUUGCAAUGAAUGACAGCACCAAAAUCAAGGAGAUGCGAGCCCUGCCGGCCAUUACCCCGCUUCCUGCAUUCCUGCUUGUUAAUUGUAUAAUUCCUAACGAGUCUUGAUGCAUCCGAUGGACUUUCCAAUACGUGCUCACUCUGAUGCUUCCUCCCCUCCCCUCCCUCCCUCAGCAGAGACCUCGUUCCUUUAAAAACCCCAUCCUUAAAAAUCAGAAAUACUCAGCCCAGAGAAAGGAAAAGGGAACUUGACAUUAGUUGAGCUUGAAAGGCUUGGUGCUGUGAAAAGUGACUGACGUGUGAAAAGAGGCUACAAUUAGUUCUUUCCCCGAGCGCUCUCCCAUUCAGCGCAGGGUCACUCCUUCAGCGAGCCGCGGCUUUGAGGGUAAUGUGUUGUGACAGUUUGAGAUGAUGAAGAAUAAUUCUUGUAUUCAGAGUUGCUGCCGCUUCCCCGCUGCCCCGACACAUCAGGCUGCUGUCGUUGGAUCACUCAUCCCGGCCAGGGCUCGCACAGCACUGGGGACGAGAGGGGAAGGGCGGCUCUGCUGGCACGGGGGGCUCCGGGGGGGUCUGAAAUGGUGCGUGACCGCCUGGUGUAGGGGAGGGGGCUGAGGAGAAAGGGAAAACCAUUAGAAGAAAUAAUGCACGGGAGAGGAGAUUUUUGAGUAGGCAUAAAGGAGAUACCACGGCUUCGAGUGGACCGCUGCGGCGAGAGCACAGAUCAGAAAGGCAGCAUAAUUUAUGAGUGUUCCGGGCAAAAGAGGGCUAUAUAGAUUUUCUUCAGGCAUUGAAUUAAUGCGCCACAUAAAAUGGUUUCACAUUUAGGCUUGGCAGGACUUUCUCUCUUUCUAAUCCGUUGACAGUUCCUAGAGCUUUCUGGAAGCGACGGCGGUCUCUGUGGGAUAGGGGGUCAUCGUGCCCCACACCCCGAGCAUCCCGGGCUGCUCCUCCUCUUCCCCAUCCCCACAUCAUCUCUGGGCUCUGGGGAGGCAGAGUGGCUCAGCUGCCAGUUCGGGGACAAGAUCACAGGAGGUUGAUGCUGCUGGUGCUGCUGCCCGGGCAUCACACUCACUGUGGGCUGGGGGGUAACAGCAGCAGUUCCCCCGUUGCAGGCACAGUGCUGCCAGCUGCCCUGCAGUGACUCUCCUCAUGGCUUCAGCAGAUGUUGCUGCUGCUGCUCCUUCAUCUUCUUUUCCUGUCUGUGGUUUUUUCUCUUUUUUUUUUUUAGGCCAGGCAGAACUCUGCGAGCCGUUUCCUCCAGGGACACGGGGCAGGUUUUAGUAUUUACGUUUCCAGUAUUAGCAUCUAUUUGUAUUUGUGUUUGUUUUUCACGGGCUUUCGAAUGCCUCAGGGAGCCAUUUCUGGGCCCAAAAUCAUGCAAGUGCUGGUCUUCUCACAGUAUUUCAUUUCCUUGAUGGUGGAAACGCAAGGAGAAGAGCAGGUCUCAUGUUAUUUUGACCCCAUGAAUAGCUCCCAGGGGCCCCUUUCUUCCUUCUCCCACCCACUCUCCCCCCAGAUCAAAUAUUUAGGUUUCUGCAAAGCCUGACUUCUCAACCCUGGCUAUCUUGCUUCAGCAGAAGCAAAUUGCAGUUAUUACAAAAUAGCCAGAGAGUCUAUAAGGCAGAGUGGGUUUGAUACGAUGCACAAUUUGUUGGCUACCGUACAAGUUCAUUAUAGUGCAUCAUAAGCAGUUGUUUUACUGGUACAUUUAAGGAAGUUAAUGCAUCUCGACAGUGUGUGCACGGGGGAGUGCAGACACAAUAACCCUCAGACAUGCUGGGGCCGAGGCUGUCCAUGGCAGAACUCAGCCACAGCUGCACAGCCCUCACCCUGCACUGCAUCCCCAGCUCUCCUGGCUGUGUUCCUUCCCAGCGGACGUUCUCCUGGCACACAGGGCUGGUGGGCUCACCUCCUUCCAGUGGUGUGGGGCUGUGCUGUGGUCAUGCUGUUGUGCUGCAGUUCAGGUGUGGGGGCUGCUUCCCUCUGAACCCAGAGCAGGCUCUAGGGCUGGAAAACUUGCCUGGCAGCAGCGAGGGGAGCUCCCUGCUCCCAGCAAAGCACUGUGCCCAUCCUGUACCUCCGUUUUCCCAGCUGGCAUCAGCCUCCACAGUGCCACCCCCUGGCAGGCCCCGCAGAGGUGACACAGCUGCCACAGCCCCAGCAUGCAGCAUCCCCCAGAUCCCAUCCCAUGGCCAUCAGUGAGGCCACAGCGAUGCACAGGAUGGGAUGGAGCACAAGAAACGCACCCCCGCUGCCUUUUGCUUCAGUUACUGCAAAAACAACACGAACCUGAAAAUCCAUUAGAGCCAAAAAAGAGCCAGGGGACAUUGGGAGCAGCUCCACAGCACGAGGCUGGGAUGCAGUGAGUGAGUGGCUCUGCCCAUGGCUGCCCGGUGCAGGCGUGACGUGGGGUGGUAACCAGAGCCAGCUGUGCAGGGGAGAGAAAAGUGCCAAAUCAGACAGGAUAAGCACAACAUUAGUGUGGGAUACACUGCUCAGUUCUGAUUCAAAUUACUGUUUUUACUUCCUGAACUCAUGGGAGAGUGAGGAUGUGAGGAAAAUGAAGAGGUUUAUGCAUGCACAUUCCUUAACGAAACACUGGUGUGGAAUGGUGAUUAAUACAGCUGAUGUAAUUAUCAGCACUGCUUGGAGAGUGACCCAUUUCCUGCAGGUUUGUUCUCCAUCUACCCUGGGCAGGCUGUCCCCACUGCAGGGCACUCAUCCCCACUGCAGCACCUCCGGACACAGGGCUGUGUCUCGCAGCCCUGGUGGUGGCUCUGGGAGAUGCCUUUUGUUUAGAUGACCUUCUGCUUUUGCCAUAUACUUUGCCUAUGGACACAUCCCUUAUCUCAGUCCAUCGCAGCAAAUGUCUGCAGAGCACUGUGCCCAAACCUCUGGCCUGUGCCCUGUCCCCUGUGUGUGCUUAGGUUCUGCUUGAUCUCAUGGCUGUGUGUCGCUGCUGAGCGUCAGGCAAGGUGAUGCUGCCCAGCUGCGCCGCUGCACACUGCCUCUCAGUCAGCUGCAGGGUUCAAGUGGCUCACAGGGAGGGCACGGCUGCAGACAGUGCUCUGUGCACACAAAAAUCCUCGUGCUGCAAGAUUAGAGAGUGGGAAGGACUUUGAGAGGUCAGCAAGGGCAGGAGGUGGCACGGUGAGUGCAACUGGGAGGGGGAGAGCUUCGGUGAGUUCUCUUGCUGUAGGGUGCAUAGCAAUGGGGGCGUUUUCUGCUCCCUCACAGAAGCAGGCACUGAUGCCCGGUUUUGUAGGAAGUCCCUACUGGGGAGUUAAGGACGUUCCCUCCUCUGCCUCCCUGCCCUUCGCACCCUGCUCAGUUCAGCUGUGAGCACACCCACACCUGGAUCCUGCAAGCCCCAGGUGGUUGGCCGCACUGAUGCCCACCUAACAGCACUCGGGGUUCUUUUAUCUGAAACACUAACCAGGGCCUCUUCUGUCUUCCUGUUGCAGAGCUUCAGCGAGAGGGAAGCAUAGAGACGCUCAGUAACAGCUCCGGGUCCACCAGUGGAAGUA